AUGGAAAAACAUAAGCCUUGUAUUGUCAUGGUGAUUAUACAAUUCAUCUACACAGGCAUGUCCCUCUUCUCUAAAGCAGCAAUAGCUGAAGGCAUGAAACCUUCAAUAUUUGUUGCCUAUAGACAAGCAUUAGCCACACUUGCCUUGGCUCCCUUCGCAAUUUUCUUUGAAAGCCAAAAGUCUCAUCCACUAUCACUCAAUGUACUCUGCAAGCUGUUUCUUGUGUCAUUAUGUGGGGUAACGUUAUGUUUAAAUCUUUACUAUGCUGGAAUGAAUUACACCUCAGCAACUUUUGCUACGGCCAUGACCAAUAAUAUACCAAUCAUGGUCUUCAUCAUGGCUGUCUGUUUAAGGAUUGAAAGCCUAAGUAUUACUCAAUGGCAUGGGAUGGCCAAAGUGUUAGGCGCAGUUAUUUGUCUUUCAGGGGCCAUGGUAAUCACUUUCUACAAAGGUCCUGCUUUGUAUUCAGAACAUGGCAAAGAAGCCUCACACAAUUCUUCAAGAACCUAUACUAAAGAAGAAUGGAUAAAAGGUUCUCUUCUCAUGCUUGGAUCAAACUUAACAUGGGCUAUCUGGCUUAUUAUGCAGGCUUCAAUUCUCAAGCAGUAUCCAGCAAAACUUCGGCUAACAACAUUGCAGUGCUGUUUCAGCUGCGUGAUUUCGACAGCUUAUAGCGCAGCUGUGGAGCGGAACAUAUCCUCCUGGAAACUUGGAUGGGAUGUUAAUCUUUUCUCCGUAGCUUAUUGUGGCAUUGUAGUCACCGGGCUGUCAUACUGGUUGCAAGUAUGGGUAGUGGACAAGAGAGGGCCUGUAUUUACAUCCAUUUUCAGCCCGAUAGCACUCCUUUUAACAGCAAUCUUUUCAGCAAUGAUUUUUAAGGAGACGCUUCAUUGGGGCAGUGUUCUGGGGGCUGUUCUUUUAGUGGCUGGCCUGUACAGCUUUUUGUGGGGCAAGAAUAAAGAGACUGAAAUCCAUGGAAGUGAAGAAAAAUCAAAUCAGACUAAAGAAGAGGUUGCAUUGGAGUGCAUCACUUGUACACCAACCUGUGAUGAGGAUGGAGAAGAAAAAAGAUGA